AUGAUAACAAAAGUUCGUUUUAUCUCGUGCUCAAAAAUUAUUUUUAAACUGUUAAUUAUUAUAUUUAUUAUUCAUGAAAUAAAUGCUCAUAGAAAAAAAUCUUUAACUGAAGAUGAUGAGGAUGAAAAACGUGUAUUUAAUAGAAAUUUUGGUAAUAAGAAGAAUUUUGCUAUCGAUGACUGUAUACCAUUAGCGUUUGGUGAUUUUAAUGCUGAUAAAAUUGUUGAUAUUUUUUGUCGAAAUAUGAAAGGUGAUAAUAUUCGAGUUAUGCUUAAUAAUGAUCGAUCACCAACACAGAAAGAACAAUGUAAUGUUAAUAUAACAGGAAUUAUUUAUGAUGCAUUAGCAGCUGAUUAUGAUGGAGAUAGUAAACUUGAUUUAUUUAUACUUUAUAAAGCAACACCAGAUCAAGACGUGUAUAAUGGUGGUUUUCUAUGGGGUGAUCGAGUUAAACUAAGUGAACUUCAACCGAUUAAUUAUUUCUUUCAAACAAUUCCAACUACUCUUGAUGCAAAUGGUGAUUCAUAUGUUGAUUUAUUAGGUAUGAUUAGUAAUGAUUAUGUUAAUUAUAGACCAGCUUGUUUAAUGUUUAAAAAUCGUACUGUAUAUAACUUUGAAAAAUUAAAUAAUGUUGAUGAUCUCCUGCCAGAUUCAACACAAGCUACAGUUGAUCUUAAUAAUGAUCUUAUUGCAGAUUUAUUUUUAACCGUUAAUCAUAAUAAUAAACCAAGAUUUCGUGUAUAUCAAUUACCAUUAACAAAUAUGAAAUUAAUAUCUGAUUAUGGUCCACCACCAGGUGUUGCUAUCUAUCAUCUAUCAAUAUUUGCUGAUAUAGAUGCUGAUGGUGUAUUAGAACAUAUUUUACCAGUUUGUAUGAAUAAUGAUUGUUCAGAUAGUCAGAUAUUUGUACGAGAUAAUCAUAAAUGGUAUUCAUUACAAACUAAUUUUGGUGGUGAUGUAAGAUUUCCUUUAAAACAUGAAAUUCCAGCACCAUUCAAUCAAAUACCUAUUAGUAUUAAAAUAGCUGAUUAUAAUCUUGAUGGUUAUCCUGAUAUGGUAGCUGUGAUGAAACAAAAUUCAAUAAAUAGUACUGUUUCAAUAAUUCUUAAAAAUCGUCCAUGCAAUAGUGAUAAUAAUUUAUUUUGUAAUUAUAAUCGAACAUUUGCUGUACAAACUGAUGAAGUAUUUGUUUUAUCAGCAUCAAAUGCAACACUUGCUGCAUUUUUCGAUGUUUUGGAAAAUGGUUAUCCAGAUUUACUUGUUUUACAAAAAACUCCAAAUGAAGAUUUUCAAUUAAUUGGUUUUCAAAAUUCACUUAUACAAGAUGUACAUUUUAUUAAAGUCAUGGUUCUCAGUACUUUUUCAUGUGAUACUUGUUCUCAUAGACAGCGACUGCCUUAUGGUAAUAAUCAACCAGGACAAUCAAUUAAAAUGGAAACAAUUACUACUGCAGAUGGAAUUAAAGAUAGUUGGAUUCAAUUAGCAGCUGUUCAAAUGUCUCAGUCAGGUCAACUAACACUUGAAUUACCUUAUGUAAUUAUUGGUCUUGGUGCAACACCAAAUUUUGUUGAAAAACUUACAAUUGCAAUUCCACCAACGAAUCAAUCGAAUCAUUUAUUUCAUACAUAUACGCAAAUGAUUCCCAAUUCUCAAAUUGUUGUUUUACCAUCACCAUUAAUGAAUCCCGAAAAAUGGCAUAGCGAACUUUUCGUUACUCCUAGUCGAAUGAUUAUUCAUACAGGUAUUGCAUUAAGUGCAACACUUGUUGUUAUUGUAUUUGUACUUGCUAUAUUACAAUAUCGAGAUAAAAUCAAUAGAAAAACAUUACAUCGAUUAUUAACAUUAUGGCAAGCAGAUCAACAUACCGUUACAAUCGUAAGUGAAACUCCAACAUCCGAAAAUAAUUAUGAUCGACAAUCAUCAAGAAAUUCUCGUAAUUCAAAUUCUACUCAUACUAGUCAUUUAAUGAGCCAACGUCAAUUAUCUGAUUCUUGUACUCCCACUACAUGUUUUAUUCUUUUUGAAAAUGGUUCAUCAAUAAAUUCGAAUGGUAUUGGUUUUCUUGAAUAUCGUGGUACACGUUCACGUAAUCAUCAUUCAAAAAAAUUAUAUUUACCACAAGUCCUAUACGAUUAUCAAGCAUCACUUGAUGAAAUGUAUGGAGAAUUUGCUAAUUGUAUAAGACAAGUUUUAAAUUCAAUAUCACAUGAUUUAUCAUCAUAUGUUAUUAGUAUUCGAACCGGUGUUUUAUAUUAUUAUUCUAAACGUUUUCGUUUUGAUAAUAAUUAUUCAAUUGAAGAAAUUCAUAGUAUAACUGAAAAGAAAAUUCCACUUACAAAUACUCAUUAUUAUUAUAAUGCAAGAAAUAGUAGCUAUCCAUCGGAUGAUACAUUACGUUCAUCAUUUUGUAAUAUUAAACCAAUAAGUCGACCAAAUGAAUUUGUUAAAGAACUUGAAAAUUGUGAUUUUCAUAUACAACAAUGUAAACAUGUUUUUCGUAUUUAUUUACAAUCAGAUGAUAAACAAACGCAUGUUUGUAUAGUCGAUCCAGCAGCAAAUUAUGCAAUUGUAGAAUUUUCAAAAGAUUUUCAAAGAUUAUCCAAUAUCGAUUUUAUUCGUAAUCGUGAUUCAUCAAAAUAUAAACAAACGAAAACAUACGAUGAUAUAUUUGAUUUUCGUAUACAAUUUCAAUAUGAUCCUCGUACCCAUAGUGAUCAAAUGAAAACAAUUGAAUACGAAUUACGUCAACAAUUUCCAUUACUUGAUGAAAAUUUUCAAAAUGAAAAUAUUCUACGACCAAUUACAGAUAAUAUGAAUGAUGAUCAAUUUUAUAUAUCCGAACAAUUAUUUCCCUAUAUAAAAUUUAUUCGUCGUGAUUUUGGUGAUGUUUAUCAUUAUGCAGGAGAUAAUAAAUUAUGGGAAAAUUUUAUUAUUUAUCUUGAAUCACCUGUUGAAUAUCGUAUUGAUCGUAAUGAAUUAACAUGUACACGUGAACUUGCGACACAUGGAAUAGUUUAUGCAAGAUUAGAUCUUAAUAAAAUGAUGUCAUCGAAUACAAUUGAUGAAAAUUUAUUAAUUGAAAAAUUAUGGGAUAUGGGUUUUGGUUUAACACAUAUAGCUGGCAAAUGUACAACAUCUGAAACACAACAAUCAACGAAUUACUAUACAACAAAUGGUGGUAAAUAUACUGCUGAAGAUGAAGCACUUGUACAGACAAUAUUGAAACAAUUAAAUUUACCCUCAAUGCUUGGCUUACGGAAUUCUGCAUCUAAUAAUGAAAUUAAACAAACGUAUGAACGUAUAAAAACACAAUUAGAUGGUAGAUGGCAUCAUAUUCGAUCUGGUAAUAUGGCCCAAGAGAAACUCGAUGCCUUUUACUAUCAAUAUUUCAAUGGAGAAAAUUAA